UGCGCAAGCAACGGCGCCCAAAUCGAUCACCGACCAAAAACCCAUACAACCCUUCCUUCUUACCACUUAUGCUAUACCAAUUAAGACCAAGUUAACUGCUAUGGAUGACAUGCAAUCUCAAACCCAGGUCGACGUAGUGAUCGAUGAAUCCAUUAUUAACAUCCCAGCACAUCGACAUCGAGAAAUUGGCACCAAGAGAUCCUCAUCGCCGGUCCUAGCUAGAUUUCAUGCUGGCUAUUUCAGGAUCAGCCUCUCUUUCUGUGGACAGGCCUUGCUGUGGAAGACGAUAGCCGAGCCCACCGGCGCCUCGUUUGCCCCAAGGAGACUACUAAGCAUGUUCCCUUCGAAGGCCUUCGCCCUUCUCUGGUCUAUCGCCCUUUUCAUACUUGUCACACUCUCUCUUCUCUACAUACUUCGAUGCUUCUUUUACUUUCGUAUGGUGAAGGCUGAGUUCUUGCACCAUGUAGGCGUCAACUAUCUCUUCGCUCCGUGGAUCUCAUGGCUCCUCUUGCUGCAAUCUGCUCCUUUCUUAGCUCCAAAAACCUUUCCCUAUAUGGUGCUUUGGUGGGUUUUCAUAAUCCCCGUGGUGGCGCUCGACGUGAAGAUCUAUGGCCAAUGGUUUACAAAAGGGAAGCGGUUCUUAUCGACGGUGGCGAACCCGACUAGUCAGUUGUCGGUCAUCGGGAACUUGGUGGGGGCCAGAGCCGCGGCUGAGAUGGGAUGGAAAGAGAGCGCAAUGUGUAUGUUCUCAUUGGGAAUGGCACAUUAUCUUGUGCUCUUCGUGACACUUUAUCAGAGGUUUUCGGGGAGCGAUCGCCUUCCGGCGAUGCUUAGGCCCGUCUUCUUCUUGUUCUUCGCAGCGCCGAGCAUGGCUAGCUUGGCCUGGGACUCCAUUUCCGGAAACUUCGACACCCCAUCCAAGAUGCUCUUCUUCUUGUCGCUCUUCCUAUUCACAUCUCUGAUAUUCAGGCCAACCUUGUUCAAGAAAUCGAUGAAGAGAUUCAAUGUUGCAUGGUGGGCUUAUUCUUUCCCAUUGACAUCGCUGGCACUUGCUUCGUCGGAGUACGCGGAGGAGGUGAAUGGUGAGAUAGCCCACGGGCUGAUGCUGGUGUUAUCGUCUCUCUCGGUACUGGUUUCCCUGGCUCUUACAGCUUUCACUGCUCUCCACACUAGUAUGCUCUUGCCAGACAACGAUCCCAUCUUCCUGAGCGCUCCCAACAACUUACAGUCUUCAGCCAGCAAAGGAAAAUAACCAUUUACAACUCCACCUCAUCACAGUGUGUUUUGAUUGACUAUUUGAAUAAGAAUUUUGUAUAUCGCUGUUCGUUGUUGAUUGUAAUCCCCACCAACUGAUCUUUUCUACUUUGACCCGGCAUUAUGACUACUGAUAUCGUCGGAACUAUUGAUGUAAAUAUGUAGUUCUCAUUGACGUAAAUUAAUGAGUAUAAACUCCACUUUUCUUCA